AUGAAAGCCUUCAAAAAGCUGCUCGGUCGCUCCUCCAAGACCUCCAAAUCAAGCCCUCAAUCCACAGCAACGCCUUCCAAAGCACCAACGACAACAACAACAUCUCGACCUACUCCCGCCACAACAACUCCACCUACAACCACCACCAUGGCUAAGCAGACCAUCGUCGUCUUCGGUGCCACUGGCAAGCAGGGAGGCUCCGUCGUCAAGACCAUCCUCGCCGACCCCAAGACCGCUGCCAAGUACCACGUCAAGGCUGUCACCCGUGACACCACCAAGGAGGCUGCACAGAAGCUCAAGGAGCUCGGUGCUGAAGUCGUCUCCGCCGACUUGAACGCUCCCGAAACCAUUGCCCCCGUCCUCAAGGGUGCCUAUGGCGUUUUCUCCGUCACCAACUUCCUCGAGAAGAUGGAUGCCGCGCCUGAAAUUACCCAGGGCAAGGCUGUCGCCGAUGCCGCUAAGGCUGAGGGCGUUCAGCACCUUGUCUGGUCUUCCCUCCUGAACACUACCAAGCUCACCAAUGGCAAGCUCACAAACAUCCACCACUUCGACAGCAAAGCCCAGGUCGAAGAGUACAUCCGCGAGCUCGGAAUCCCCGCCACCUUCUUCCUCGCUGGUUACUUUAUGUCCAACCUCCCCGGCAUGUCUAUCUCAGAGCAGACUGGCUGGACACUGAACCUCCCCACCUCCAAGAACGCCCCCAUGCCCCUCUUCGAUGCCGAGGACGACACCGGCAAGUUCGUGAAGGGCAUCUUCGAGAACCGCGACAAGCUCCUUGGCCAACGCGUCCUCGGCGCCACCGCCUACUACACCCCCACCCAGAUCGUCGAAGAGCUCAAGGAAGUCUACCCCAAGACUUCCGCCUCAGCCGCCUACAACGAGCUCCCCGGUGACGUCUACAAGGGCAUCCUCGGCAGCUUCGGCCUCCCCGAGUCUUUCCAGCAGGAGAUGCUUGAGAACCACCAGCUCUUCGAUGUAUCGGGAUACUUCGGCGGAGAGAAGCUGGAUGCCAGCCACUCUAUCGUUGAUGAGCCCCUCACUACCUGGAAGGAGUACAUUGGCAAGAGCCCUGUUUUCACUGCUGUCAAGAACUAG